UAUAUCUCCUCUCCCCUUCUCCAACGCGUGGCAUCCCCUGCUCUUCUCUCUCGAUCGAGCUGUAUCGAAACGGAGAGCCUCGCGAAUUAUAGGUACAUGGGUCGCUCCUUCAGCGACGGCGUCGACCCCUCCGGCGCCUUCAGCGAAUGCAACAGCGACCGUUCCGGCGAGUUAAUCCCCGCCGCCAACAGCGUCGCCGCCCACCACCGCCUACUCAUCUCCUGCGACGUCGAAUACUCCGACGAUGUCGUCCACGGCCUCAUCUCAGACCUCGAAUCCCCCUCCGUCCCCAUCGAAUCCCAGCGACACGCCGCCAUGGUCCUCCGCCUCCUCGCUAAACACAAAUCGGAGAACCGCCUUAAGAUGGCCCGUGCCGGCGCCAUCCGCCCCCUCGUCGCCCUCCUCUCCCACCAUGACCCCCAGCUCCAGGAGCACGGCGUCACCGCCAUCCUCAACCUCUCCCUCUGCGACGAGAACAAGGAUCCCAUCGCCGCCGCCGGCGCCAUACGCCCCCUCAUCCUCGCCCUCAAGACCGGUACCCCCGCGGCUCGCGAGAACGCCGCCUGCGCUCUCAUCCGCCUCUCCAAGGUCGAGGAGCACAAGAUCGCCAUCGGCCGCGCCGGCGCAAUCCCCCACCUCGUCGACCUCCUCGAGACCGGCGGCCUGAGGGGGAAGAAGGACGCCUCCACGGCGCUCUUCUUGUUGUGCUCCGCCCGGGAGAACAAGAUCCGGGCCGUCAAUGAGGGGAUCGUGCGACCUCUGCUGGAGCUGAUGGCGGACCCGGGGUCCGGGAUGGUGGACAAGGCGGCGUACGUGCUGAACUCCGUGGUGGAGGUGGCGGAGGGGCGGGCGGCGGCGGUGGAGGAAGCGGCGAUUCCGGUGCUCGUCGAGAUGGUGGAGCUCGGCAGCCGGCGACAGAAAGAGAAGGCAACGUCGACGCUCCUCCAGAUCUGCGAGGAGAGCGUCACCUACCGGACGAUGGUCUCCCGGGAAGGCGCCAUCCCGCCGCUCGUCGCACUCUCCCAGUCCGGCACCACCCAGCCCGAGCAGGUGGAGGCGUUGAUCGAGAUGUUACGGCGGCCGAGGGCGGCGGAGGGCGGGGAAGGGCGGCAGUGGAGGGGAUGAGCUCCCCGGCGGCUCCGUGGUGCCACGUGGCUGGGUACUUUAAUGUAAAUGUGCGACCGAGAGAGUGAGUGUACAUUUCCAGAGCGCUGAAAGGACUUUUUCUUUCUUACUUUUUUUUUUGUGUAAUUCUGAACAAAAAAGAGGAGGAGGAUUCUCAAGUGAGGGUUGAAAACAUUGUGAUUUGUGAUACUGUUUGAGAUAUUUUGUUAAUUUGUGAUUACUACUAGCUGAAAUUUUAAAUAAAAAGAAAAAAUUGGGUCGAU